AUGCAUAUUGUCGAACCAGAGUUCCAAACAGAAGCCGGUCGUCCCAUUAAAAGUGUCACUUUGGAACAAGUCUUGAACAAGAUGUCAUCUGCCGUGACGCAUACAUCUGUCGUUGAAAGCCCUCUUGUGGCUCUGCAUGUGCUCGUCGGAGUGCUGGCCCAAUGUGACUUGGUCUACUCGGUCCCUGCCUUUGUCGCAUUAUGCUUGCUCACGAGCUGGAUGAAAACCUUUUGGAUAUUCAAGUCGGCAAAAACGCAAUAUGGCGGUCCCAAAGUGCCCCCUUAUUGGCCCUAUACGGUUCCAAGUAUUGGGCCCGUCGUGACAACGUUGUCGUUUGCCAUGUCUCGAGACCCCGGCCCCGAUAUGGUCAAGGCAGUGUUCAAGAACUCUUGGACCUGCACAAUGGCCGCACUGCACAGAUUUGUGCUUGGAAAUGUCUUUGGGAUGUCGGGAGAAGCACUUCGGCUGUACGACUUGGACAAGUCUGGUUAUCGACACAAGCCCGUGGCGGGCACGGCCAUCGAGCCUCGCAAUCGCAUCGACUACCUCACAUACGGGCCAAUGAUCAAAUUUCUAUCGGGCCCGGGAAUGAAGGCCUUCUGGAACCGAUACGAGACGCACCUGACGCAGAAGCUCCAGCAUCUCCCAGUCGGCGCUGGGUGGACCGAGAUGCCUGACCUGACCCGAGUAUUCGAGGUUGAAGUCUCUGCCGCCAACACGGAUGCUCUUUGUGGCCCCUACUUGCUGCAGCGCCAUCCGGAUUUUCUCGAGGAGCUGUGGAAGCUGGAUUGCCAUCUGGAUUGUUUCUUCCGGAGCACCCCGCGCAUAUUCGCACCCCGGGUAUAUGCCCGCCGGGAUCGGCUCCUGGCCUGCGUCAAGGACUGGCGAAGCCAUGCCCAGCUCAACUUCCGGGGGGAUUCCGUCGACGAAAAUGGCGAUGAUCCGUUCUGGGGCAGCCGAGUGUUUCGAGAACGCCACGGACUGUUCUCCGAGAUGGACCACAUGGACUCCGAUGCCAUGGCCUCCGAAGACUUUGGAGUCAUCUGGGCGUCAACUCGCAACUCGGUCGUCGCCAGUCUUUGGGCAGUGCUGGAAAUCAUUAGCGACAGUGAAAUCCUGCGUAAUGUACGGCGCGAGGUCGCGAAAUGUCGAGACUCGUCGCCAACAGGGCUCAACAUUACCCUGCUAUUGGAGAGCCCGCUGCUGCAGUCCAUCUAUGCCGAGGUUCUUCGUCUGCGAGUACACAUGCUCAUAAUAAGGGUCCCCAUCUUUGACAACCUACACGUAAAGGACUGGAUGGUCCCUCGCGGAGAUGUCCUCCUCAUGAGCACGACCGUCGCGCACAUGGACCCUGCUGUCUGGAACACUGGUGAAAACGGCCAGCACCCUCUCGAUACAUUUUGGGCAGAGAGGUUUCUAAAGUACGACGGCGUUCCGGGCAGCGGGCCAAGGAGGACGGCCAGCAACGAGGCCGGCAGUUCAUGUCCAGCACGAAGCGUGGGUGGAGGACCACCGGCUUGCCCAGCACCAAGGGGCAAUGUCUCGUAUGGAAUCAAGGAUGUGGACGGAGCUUGGAUCCCCUACGGCGGCGGACAGAGACAAUGCCCUGGUCGCCAUUUCGCUAAGCGCGAUAUUAUUUACACCGCCGCAGUCAUGGUGACGUACUUUGACAUUGAACCCCUCGUGGAUGUUGACUCAUUGAAAAUGGACAUGCGUGGGUUUGGAUUGGGCACAAUGGCUGUCAAGGGCGCCAUACCAUUCAGAAUUAGGAGAAGAGAGAUUCUUAGUUGA